AUGGAUCUCCGAGCUUUCGUUUUUGUGACUAGAUCAUGGCAGGUCUGUGUGGUCCUUCUGCCCGCAUUGUGGGGCUUCGCUUUUGCCGUGACACGGUACUCCAUCCCGGAGGAAUCUGCAGAAAAAACCGUGGUGGCGAAUCUUGCGGCAGAUUUGGGGCUGGACGCACGGAGCCUUUCAGAGCGCAACGUAAAGCUCGACUACAUUCACAGCAAGAAAUAUCUGGAUAUAAACAAAGAAACCGGGGAGAUGUUCAUCACAGAGAAGAUCGACAGGGAAUAUUUAUGUCCUGCGAAGACCUCUUCAUCGUGUUUUCUUAAAAUGGAUGUAAUUAUCGAGAACCCAAUACGCAUCUUUAAUAUCGAGCUGGAAAUCUUGGACAUAAACGAUAACGCCCCACAGUUCAGGAGAGAGCGGAUACCUCUUGAUAUUUCGGAAUCAGCCAGGCCGGGGGAGAAAUUUUCUCUUACCAAUGCGGUGGAUGCUGAUGUUGGAGAAAACUCGAUCAAGACUUAUUAUCUGAGCCAAAAUGACAAGUUUACCAUUGAGAUUCAGUCUGGAAGCGAUGGCACGAAAUACGUAGACCUAGUGCUACAAUCUACGCUCGAUAGAGAAAAACAAGCCGUGCAUAAUCUUAUCCUUACUGCUGUGGAUGGUGGGACACCUGGGCGGACAGGUACGGCCAGCAUCAUCGUGCGCGUUCUGGAUACCAACGACAACGCUCCGCAGUUUGACCGUCAAGUUUAUUCGGUUGAUUUGAUUGAAAACGCAUCGUUUGAUACUCUUGUCAUGCAUCUAAACGCGACCGAUAUGGAUGAAGGCACGAAUUCAGAAAUCGAGUACUUGUAUACACUGUACACGUCCGAAAAAACGCAGGAAAAGUUCUUGUUGAAUCCUGUAACUGGAGAAAUCCGAGUCAAAGGUACGAUUGAUUUUGAAGAGACAAAAAGUUUUGAGAUGUACGUCGAAGCCAAAGAUAAAGCUUUGAGUCCACUUUCUGCACAGUGCAAAAUUUUGGUGUUUGUUACAGACCUGAAUGAUAAUUAUCCAGAUAUCACGGUUAAAUCGUUUAAACGCUCGAUUAAAGAAAACUCUCCAGUUGGAAUGGUCAUCGCAGUGGUCAGUGUAAGCGAUAGAGAUUCUGGAGAUAAUGGAAAAGUCUUACUUUAUGUGAAAAAUGCUGACACUUUACCCUUUGUAUUAAAUAAAUCAUCAGAAGACUAUUUUGAAUUAACUCUAAAAGACCCUUUAGAUCGCGAGAAGGUCUCUAUUUACGAGAUCACCCUUCACGUAACCGACCGAGGAACACCUUCACUGACCGACAACGAGACCAUCAGCUUGGAGAUCCUGGACGUCAACGACAAUGCGCCUGUGUUUCCUCAGUCUUUCUACACAAUCCACCUUCCAGAAAACAACGAACCUGGUAAGCUGCUUUGCUCCCUGACCGCGCACGAUCCAGACCUAAAUGAAAACCAAUAUCUGGUUUACUUCAUUGUUGAGAAGGAGAUCGCCAAUACAUCUGUCUCCACGUUGUUCUCUGUGAAUCCUGAAAAUGGGAACCUCUCCGCCCUGCGCGCCUUCGAUUAUGAACGUGAGAGGGAAUUUCUCUUUCACGUCGAAGCAAGAGAUUCAGGAGUUCCUGCUUUGAGCACCAAUGCUACAGUACGUGUGAUCAUUUUGGACCAGAAUGACAAUGCUCCUCAGAUCGUGUCUCCGUGGCGAGCCAACGACGCAGUUUUCGACCAGGUGAUUCCACGGGCCGCUGAUCAAGGCUCACUUGUGGCGAAGGUAAUCGCACUGGAUGCUGACUCAGCCCAGAACUCACGGGUCACUUAUCAGUUCCUGCAGAACACUGAUGCCACAUUGUUUACACUGGAUAGCUAUAAUGGUGAAGUCCGCACAGCACGCAUGUUCACCUAUCGAGAUCCUAAAUACCAGCGGCUCGUAAUUGUGGCCAAAGAUAAUGGAGAUCCUCCGCGCUCAGCCACAGUCACCAUCAAGGUUUCCACUGUAGAGCAGGUUCUAGUUACUCAGUUAACAGAGACGACCGAGACACCACUGGAAUAUGACCUUUUCUCCGACUUGAACCUGUACCUCUUGCUUAGUUUGGGCUCUGUGUCGUUUCUCCUGCUCAUUACAAUUUUGGUCAUCUGUGUGCUAAAGUGUCAGAAGCCUAGACCUACCAAAGCAGCUCUUAAUGGCCGAACCACCGUGGCCAGUCAGAGAAACUCAACCAUCUGUGAUUCCACUCUCAUCUCUAGCGAUGCUUACUGGUACAGUCUCUUCUUGGCUGAAACUCGAACAGGAAAGGUGGUGGUGAGACAACCACUGCCCAAUGGCAGUGGUUUUAUUGUAUCUAGUAUACCGAGGAGUGCUGCCCUCACCAGCACAAGUGAAUCAAGGUCUUCCACUUUGCAGGAAUCGAGCAGUGAUUUACCUUGAUCCUGACAUUUUAUUGCAC